AGCAGUCAGUCCACACACCCCUGAUACUCAGAAAGAUGAACAUGCAUUUAAAAGUUGUAAUCUUUGCUGUGUCCUUCCUGACAACUUCAGGAUACCCACUACACAGUGACAGCAGAGAGCCAACGUGGUCUAAUGGAAAGACCAACCAAGCUCAUGAUAAGGCAGACCUCACAAAAGAUUUGCAAAAGGUUUACAAGAGCAGCAUAGACAGCAGUGCACUUUACAACCAAGAACAUGAUGACAACCCUGUGGCAGAGGAAAUGCAGCGCAAGCUCGCCAUGGAGUCGGAGCGCCUGCGCAUCCGUCUGCGUCAAGAGCUGGUGGAGCUGCGAGAGAGGCUGUCCCCAUCUUCGGCGCAUCUCAGUUCCCGCCUGGCCAGCAUGAGAGAACGCUUAACUCCCCUGACUCAGCAGCUCCAAGGCUCUCUUAGUAGCAACAGCCAAGAUCUGUGCAGCCAGCUGGGUCUCUAUCUACAGGCUUUAGAAACAGCUGAGGCUCAGGAGGAGGCCAGUCCGUCUCUGUAUCAGGAAGCCUUCGAGUUAAUCAGCCAAUCCCUGGAGCACAGCAGUUUUAAGUUUGCUAACACCAUCAGUGACUUUUAUACCAAAGCAAGUGGAGUGAUUGAACAUCUGAAACAGACUAGUGAUCGUGAAGAAGAGCCAAGCACAUCAAAUGUAUGGCUGGAAAUGAGCUCCAAGUUGGGACAGGAAGUGAGUUCACUUAAAGAGGAGGCACAGAACAGAGUGGAGGCCCUGAAAGUACAGCUUUCUGCAGUGCUACAAUCUGCACAACCUCAUACAGCAGAAGUGAGAGGUAGCAUAGAGCAGUUCUGCCAAAAUGCAUCCGUGGAGGUCCAAGUGCUUCAAGCUCGAAUGGAAAGGCUGUUCACAGGGCUGGAAAAGGAGCUUGGGGUCCCAAGAGCCUCUAGCGCGACUUCUUCUUCAUUUACACUCCAAAGUGGCUCUUUGCGGGAGGACUUCUCAGUUAAGCUCUCAGCUCUGAUUCAGGACAUUAUGCAGUCAAUGCAGUGACUACAGAAAUCUGUAUUCCUUUUCAUUUAUUUGUUUGUUUGUUGCCAUUGUAGCAGCUCAGUGAGUAUGUUGUAAAUAUGUCUGAAAGUGUGAAUUUGAUGCAUUUGUCUCAUUCUGUAUGUGACCCGGUGAGGAAUUGUCAAUAUGUAUAUAUAUGUAUAUAUAUGUAUAUAUAUAUCGCUGUCUUUUGAGAGUAAAGGUAUUCAUGACACUGUA